GAAAAAAACAAGCCCACUCCACGCCUCCUCGUCCACCACAUCGCCCGAACCCCAACCUCCGGAUCUCCCCAGUCCCAGCGACGCCCACCUCCCCCUGACCCCGCCUCCACCCGGCGUCGCCGCCCCCGCACCCUCCCACUCCCGCCCCACCGGCAAGUCAUGCGCCGCCAUGCCCACCCUUCCCUUUGACCGAUCUCCUCCUUCCUCUCCGUCGACACCGUGGGAGCACCCAUCCCGCUGCCCAUACCCUAACCGGUGACGCCGCCACCGCCACGCAGCCGCAGCCACGCCCCUGCAGGCGGCGCCGCCGCAGCCCCGCCCCCGCUGGCGGCGCAACCGCAGCCCCGACCCCAGCCGAUGACGCGCCACACCACAUGCCAGAGCACCUUGGGGAAGCCCGAUCCGGCGAGGAUCCUUCACCACCCUCCACUCUCCGGCGACCACCAGCCCGCGUGCGGAUGGGGUGCUAUCCUGCAGAUCGAGGAGGCGUCGAACUUCAGAUGGAGGAGGCCAGAACCUGCAUCUGGCCGCGCCAUGGUUGCGCGUCGCCGGCAUGCUCCGUCACGCUCGGCACCUCCUGAGCGUUGGAGUGAAGGGCAUUUUCUUCAGGGCAGUGGAGAGCACCCUCACCCUGAUCCGAUCUGCAGCAGCGUCCCCGAGUCCUCCCAAAGCAGCCCUGAGCCGUUCAAGUAUGCAGCCCCGGGCCGUUCAAAGACGGAGCUGCCGACCGUUCGUGAACACAACACCCCGAAUCCUGCUGCCCACCAUCCUGUAAAGGGAGACUUAUUGUGAAGACUUCAAGCUGAGUACAGAAGACUCGGUUAAUUUUUGCUCCCUUCUUGAAAUGAAGAGGGGAGUUGGUUCUCUUUUGAGGUUGCGACUCGAUUAAUCGAUUAA